UGCAUUUCCCCGUGCUUCCCUCCCGACCGCGCCAACAUGCGACACCUCCUGGGCGCUGCGCUGUGCGCGCUGUGCGCGGCGGAGACCGCCGCGGAGAUGACGGUGGCGGUGUUGGAGCAUCGAGUGCGCCAGAGGCCGACGGCGGUGGAGAUGAUGGAGGCCAACUUGGAGGUCUACGAGCAGCAGCUGCAGGCCGCUGCGGCUGCUGGUGCUCAGCUGUUGGUGACGCCUGAGGAUGGCAUCACUGGGUUCCGCAUGCAGAGAGAAGCCUGGUGGCCCUAUGCCUUCGACCUCCCGCCUGCACCCAUGGACCAGCCGCCCUGCGAUGCGAAUCGCGGCCAUGGAGCAUCCGUCCCAUGGGUUCUACAGAGGUUGAGCUGUAUGGCGCGAGAGCACCAGGUCGCCUUGGUGGCCAGCCUCAUCGAUCUGAAGGACUGUUCCAAGCAGCCGGACUACCCGGGAUGCCCGGUGCCUUCGCGCCGCGAUGGGAAGCUGUUGUUGAACACCGCGGUGGUCUUGGAUCGAGACGGAUGCUUCUUGCAGAAGUACCACAAGGCGAACCUCUGGUAUGAGGCCGCUUUGGAUGCAAGUAAGGAGUGUUCGCCGAAGACCUUUCGCAUCAAGGGCUUUGAGUCGGUGCCCUUCGGCCUUUUCAUUUGCGCGGACCUCAUCCACGCUUGGCCAUCGCUGGAGCUGGUGACGCAAGGCAUUCGGCACUUCGUCAUGCCUUUAAGCUGGAGCAACGAGAUGGCACAGAUGCAACCGAUGGGCUGGCAACAGGCUUGGAGCUCCUUGUCUCAGUCGGUGCUGCUGGCGGCCAACACCCGCGCCGACGACACCAGCGGCAGCGGGAUCUACGUGGCCGGGGAGCCGAAGAGCACGGCCUACGCGCUGAACGGCACGGAGGGGCAGCUCCUGCUGGCUCAGGUGCCCCUGCAGCUCCCCGGCCAUCCGGCCGGCUGCCCCGCAAAGGCGGCAGAGGCGGUCCAGGAAGUGGGGAAGUGGGAAGUGGCCCAGUUGGACAUGACUCCCGGUGAUCACAGCCGCCUGCUGUGCAGUGCUGGCUUAGCCACCUGCUGCCGCUUGCGCUACCGGAGCCUCAGGGCAGGCGCGGGCUAUGCAGUGGCACUGCUGAACGGUUUGGACGUGUCUCCGCAAGUGGCGCCCUGGGCUGCUGAGGCGUGCAGCAUCUUGCCCUGUGAAGGGGGAGGACUCUCCUGCCUGACCUAUCCUGCGGAGGCAUUGAGAAGUCGAGGUGCCCAGUGGUUCGGAGAAUUCGACUUUGUGGAGAUGGAAGUGAACUUCUCAGCACCGCAGCAGGUCUUCCCACAAGUCUUGACGGAGAAAGCGCGCCUGGUGUCUCCCAGCGAGUGGCACCUGGAAAGCCCUCAGCCUUGGAGUAGGCGGAUUUUCGUGGAGCAUCAGGAGCUGAUCUCGCUGCAGCUCUAUGGGCGCCCCUAUUGGAAGGACUCGGAUGCGCAGGAGCACUGCCCCUGCCGAGCGGAUCUGCCGAGCUUCCAGAUCUGAUGGGCAGACUGACCCCCCCCUCUGUCAGUUUCUGCCGUCGCCGCCAGCUGUGCUGACGCGCUGCUAUGCGUGGAGAGAGAAAAGGCAGAGACAAAA